AUGGCGAAACGCAAAGCGGGAGUCAAGGGAAAGGGGAAAGCAAAAGCUGAACCAGAGUCUGCUAAAGAGAAGAGCAAAGCUCGCGCGAUAUCAUCGCGCCAGGUUGAUGUACAUCGCGGGCUCAAAUUACCAGUGCCUACAAAUAUCAAGAGUAAAGUCGCGAAGAAAUCAAUCGUGAUAGAUUUGACAUCUUCUUCACCUCCUCCACCUCCUGUUCGAAAAGCCGUACCGCCACCUCCCCCAAAAAUCAUCGCAACGCCGCAUAAACGGAAACACAAACACAAACUCGCUCUCUCCUCCCUCUCAACAAGCGAACGAUCCCCUGGUAUCCACUCCCCCAUCACCCGCUCCCUCUCUCUCUCCCUCGCAAAACCUCUUAUUUCUGAAGGUGCAUUCAACAUCUCAACUCGGAAGAAUACCACUGCUACCCAGCCUCCGGAAUAUUACAUCCAAUCGCAUCAUAUUCAGGAUAUCACGCCCGGCACCAUCGUGUGGCUCCCGUCGAAAGAAGAUAUUGUGCAUAACGCCUACGUGGAUCCGAAGCUGCACGUGAAUGCGUUCGAUCACCCGGCGGUCAUUGUGAGCAUGCCGAACCCCGCGAAUGGAUUUUCGGUCGUGGAGAUUGCGAUUAUGACCUCCCUCGGCUCCCGCACUCUCUACGAAACGAAAAAACUCGGCCAUCGAUCCCUUCUCUUCCGAGUGCGCACCACACAACUCCCAAGCGCAAAAGUCGACAUCACGUUUAAAGAUGGGAGAGGAAUGAAGGGGAAAUAUAGCUUUGUCAACUGUCGCGAGUCGUGGCGGGUGCAAAUCGGCACAUUGGGAUUCUAUGCAAGGGGGAGGGGAGUGGGGGCGGGAAAGGAAGUAGAUUGGUUACGCUUGACGACCCCGAGUUUGGAAAAGUUGAGAGCGAGUAUCGGAUGUGGGAAGGGGCUGUGGGGAUAG